AUGCCUCGGGACCUCUCCGCUUUAGCCAAUGAUCGCACUCUCCAAGACAUGUCCUCACUGUCAAAGGUCUCGGAGCGAGACUCUAGCUACGAGCAGAGCAUGUCUCAACAAGACGAAGACCAGAUGAUAGCCACGCUCUCUCAACGCAGUACCCAGCUCGACGAACUGCAUCCUUACACCCAAACGUUGUCUCUUUCCGACAUUGAGAGUUGUGUCGUACUGGAGAACGCCGCAUUCCCGCCGGAGGAACGCGCCUCCCGAGAAAAGUUCCAGUACCGCCUUAAACACUGCAGCGAGCUUUGUUUGGGGAUAUUCUCUAGUCAGGAGAAUUCCGACGCGGCGACAGCAGAGACAUCGGCACCCGUAUUCUCUGGUGAGCCUCAACGCAAAGCGGUGCUACUCGGCCAUGUCAUAGCAACCAAGGCCGCUGGUGAGACAGUCACGGACGAUGACAUGGCAGUACCUGCGCCGGGACAGAUCGACCCAAAAUUGGGCCACAAAGAACAUGGCAGGACGAUAUGUAUCCAUUCCCUCGCUGUUCUUCCAGAAUACCAGCACCGCGGACUUGGUAAGACUAUCGUAAAGGCAUAUCUUCAGCGUAUGCAAAGGCAAGAAGUCGCAGAUCGUGUUGCUCUCAUUGCGCAUGACUAUCUGGUGACAUACUACGAACAGUUUGGCUUUGUCAACAAGGGUGAGAGCGCGGCGCAGUUCGGUGGUGGAGGUUGGAUUGACAUGGUCAGUGAGUUCGAGCUCAUGCCUACAUCCGGGGAGAAUUGA